AUGCAAAUACUAUGCGCGGUUAUUGUCAUCCUUGGCAUCAUUGCACUAGCCAUAUGGCUCAUUUUUAGGCCUAACAAGAUAUAUUUCCAUGUGGCGGAUGCCUCAUUGGCGAAAUUCGACUUCUCUCCAUCAACCAACACUCUUGUUUAUGACCUCGCGCUUAGCUUUGACAUCAGAAAUUCGAACAAAAGGAUCGGUGUACUCUAUGACCAAAUCGAGGUCAAGACGAGUUUUCAUCAGAGGAAAUUCAACAACAUGAAUCUUGAAACGUUCUAUCAAGGUCCUGAGAACACGACUAUCUUGCAACCCACGAUCAAGGGUCAAAACACGGUUCAAUUUGGAGAUUCUGAGAAAUCGAACUACAAUGAUGAGAAAAAAUCCGGGGUAUUUGAUAUUUACACGACGUUUUACAUGCACAUUAGGUUCAAAUCGGGUUGGAUCACGACCAGCAAAAUUAAGUUAUUUGCUACUUGUGGACUAAAGGUUCCCCUAAAGUCUCUAUCUUCUUCUACUUUUGAAAGAACCAAUUGCAUUGCCUUUCCUUGGUCGCCGAAAUAA